GGGAAGGAAAUGGAAUUGAAAGCAAAGCCAGGAACCUUGGCCUUGCUGCUAAAAAAGCCAGGAGCUCUUUUGGUUCGUCUCCUCACGCUCACUCAUCGCUCGCUCCGGUGUCUCUCCUCGCCCCCGCUUUUUGGAUUCUUCCCAACUUGAGGCAUCGCCUGUCUGCCCCCAUUGGCCCAAGCCCAUCACCCCCUUUGUGGAAUCCUAAAUUCUUGCUCCUUCUUCUUCUUCUACCUCCCUCGCUGGCCUCUCCUACAAUCACAGCUCUAUACAAGGGGGAAGAAGGAGCACAAGUGUGAGGAGCGGACAGUCAGUCACACCUGCUUUCCCGGCCGGGCAUCUCUCCGUGUUGCCAUGCGAGUGUGCGCUUGCGUUUCUCGCAGGUGCUUGCUUGUGUGGCGGCUAAUAAGUGAGUAGAGAGUGCCGGCGGUGAGCGGUGGGAGUGAAUGGGAACUCAGGCAAUGUCGUCCGGCGGGGCCAUCUCUCGGCAGGGCUCGGUGUGCAGCCUGACGCUGAGCGAGGUGGAGGGCCAGCUGCACGGCGUCAACCUCGACGACCUCCUCCGCACGGCGGGCUCCGCCAGGAAGACGGCGGACGAGGUGUGGCGGGACAUCCAGAGCGGCGGCGGGCGGGCGCUGCCGCCGGCGCCGGGCCAGAUGACGCUGGAGGACUUCCUGUCCAAGUCAGUCAGCGACGCGCGCUGGGCCGAGCAGUACAAUCCUCCCCCGCCGGCCCCGGCCAAGGGGGGGCAGCAGCAGCAGCGCCACAGCGUGGGGCGUCCCCUGCCGCGGCCGCUGGGCGUGGGCGCCGAGCCGGUGCUGGACGCGCUCCUGUACCACGACGGGCCCCCGCCGUUAAACGGGCGGAAGCGGGCCGCGGAAGCGGGCCUCGGCGGCCCGGGGGAGAAGACGGUGGAGCGGCGGAAGAAGCGGAUGAUCAAGAACCGGGAGUCGGCGGCGAGGUCGCGCGCCAGGAAGCAGGCCUACACGAACGAGCUCGAGAACAAGAUCUCUCGGCUGGAGGAGGAGAACGAGCUGCUCAGGAGUUACAAGGCGUUUGAACCGGUAGUGCACUACGUGCCACAAGAGGAGCCGAAGAACCAGCUCCGGCGGAGGAACUCCGCCAGCUUCUGAUCAUGUUAAUAGCAGUGCUAAACCGCCUGGCAUUAAGGUGGUUCAAGUUGUAACUGACUGAGUACUUAGCUAGUAAGAGUCCGUCUAUGCAGUUUCCGACUUGCUUGGGUUGUGUGUGGCAAUUGCUGGUUGCUGCACAAGCAUUGUACUCCUGCCCUGUGGCUAGCUGUGGUGGCCGCAAUCCUGCCUUUCUUCCAACUGGGGUACUGCUUUCUGCGGCCUGUGAUUGCAAGAGCAUCCUCGAUAAGCUGUAAUGUUU